AUGUUGAUAGUGAACAUCAUUCUUUAUAUGAAUCGUGUGUUGACUCCAACCUUAUUUAAACGGACUAUGGCAGUGGCAAAGAAAUCAAAAGUUCCUCAAAUAGAGUUUGAGCGUGUGGUAGACUGUCCUUAUAGAUUUGGGGCCCAUGUAAGUACUGCUGGAGGUAUUUCAAAAGCCAUAUUGAAUGCAAAGAACAUUGGAGCAAAUAGUUUUGCACUUUUUUUGAAAUCUCCAAGAAAAUGGGUCUCACCUGAGAUCAAGGACGAAGAAGCAGCCGAGUUUGCCAGACUCUGUGCAGAACAUGGAUACAAUCCACGUACAGAUAUCUUACCACAUGGAUCAUAUUUCAUCAAUUUGGCCAAUCCUGACACCGAGAAAGAAGCUAAAGCAUAUGGAUCAUUUUUAGAUGAUUUGAAAAGAUGUGAGAGACUUGAUAUUGGAUUAUAUAAUUUCCAUCCAGGAUCUAGUUUAGAUGGAGAUCACCGUGAGGCAUUGGUUCAAUUGGCGAAAAAUAUCAACCUGGCCAUUAAGGAAACUUCCUUUGUUAAGAUUGUUAUUGAGAAUAUGGCUGGUCAUGGGAAUUUAAUUGGUUCCGACUUGCAAGAUAUCCGAGAUGUGAUAGAUAUGGUGGAAGAUAAAUCCAGAGUUGGUGUUUGUAUAGAUACGUGUCAUACUUUUGCAGCAGGAUAUGAAAUCGGUACCGCUGAAUCAUUUAAAGAAUUCUGGCAAAAAUUUGAAGACAUUAUUGGGUGGGAAUAUUUGAGUGCAAUCCAUCUUAAUGAUUCAAAGGCACCAUUGGGAGCCAAUCGUGAUUUACAUCAGAAAUUAGGGUUAGGGUUUUUAGGAUUGGAAACGUUCCGUCUUAUUGCCAACUUUGAUAAAUUAAAGAAUAUUCCAAUUGUGUUGGAAACUCCUUCUGAUAACGAUGAUACAUUGUAUGGACAUGAAAUUAAAUUACUUGAAUGGUUACAAGGUAAGGAAAUUAAUGAUGAAGAAUUUAUUAAAAAAAGUGAGGAAUUAUCAGCAAAUGGUGCUGGUGAAAGAAAGGAACAUCUCAAGAAAUUUGAAGUUAAAAAGUCGAAAAAGGCAACUGUAACGAAAAAGCGUAAAGGAGCAUUUGAUAUUGGAUCAAUGUUGACAAAGAAGGGUAAAGUAGAAGUUAAGGACGAAUUGGAAGAAGGAGAAGAAGGAGUCAAUAAGAAAGAGGCUGAUAUUGAAGAGACCAAAGAGGUUAAAGAAGAGAAGUAA